UGUGUCAUUCAAUACAAUGAUGUAAUGCAUUGACAACACAAACAACACAACACAACACUCACUCAUUGUUUGCCAAAACACUUGUCAUAUAUUAGUGACUGAAAUACCAGUUGAGGUGAUAAUCACGGCUACAAUGGCCUCACUAUUGCUGUCACUUCAGCAACAGUUUGCCGACAACACGGCAGACAUCACUCAACGACUGAUCCAAUUGCAAAACAAUGUGAUAAACACCGAUAACAGACAAACACUUUUGGUGGACGUGAAGAGAUUGCUGGACGAGACCAACGAACUCUUGGAACAAAUGGAUUUAGACGUGAGAUCAUCGGAUGGGCACCAAAGAGACCAACACUUAACACAUUUGGACGCAUUUCGCAAACAAUACGAUACUCUUUGCGCCGAUUUUAGGAAUGCGAAGAGAGGCCAAUCGGCGGCCGACGAGUCGACGGCACGGCUGGAACUGAUGGGUGACUACGAAGUGGGCGCCGACGACCAGAAGGCGCUGCUAUUGAGUGAAGACACGCGACGGAUGGAGGCGUCGGAAAGGCGUCUGGAAGACGGUUACCGAAUAUGUGUGGAAAGCGAGCGAAUCGGUGGACAAAUACUCGACAAUCUUAGCCAACAAAGAGAUACAAUUCAACGCUCGACGCAUAGACUUCGGGCCACAAAUCGGGAGUUGAGUCGCGGACACAAACUGUUAAGUCUAAUGACCCGCCGAAGUCGCCAAUUGCUGAGACAUGUGUCCAAUUGUGAACAAUUGGCGGACAAUAAGCACUCAUAUCUGGUCUCGAGUGACGACAAUGUGUUUGAUUUGAUUAAAGACUCGUUUAAAGUGAUCGACGACUUCGUGACCGAAGAGGAAGAGCGAAGUCUA